AUGUCAGGACGUGGAAAAACUGCCGGUAGUGGUAAGGCUCGUGCCAAGGCGAAAACACGUUCAUCUCGUGCUGGUUUACAAUUUCCAGUUGGUAGAAUUCAUCGUCUGCUUCGUCGUGGAAAUUAUGCCGAGAGAGUCGGAGCUGGUGCACCGGUGUAUUUAUCAGCCGUAUUGGAAUAUUUAUCUGCUGAAAUUCUUGAAUUAGCAGGCAAUGCUGCUCGUGAUAAUAAAAAAACACGUAUCAUUCCUCGUCAUUUGCAAUUGGCCAUUCGAAACGAUGAAGAGUUAAACAAAUUAUUAUCGGGUGUUACAAUUGCACAAGGUGGAGUUUUACCGAAUAUUCAAGCUAUUCUUUUACCAAAAAAGACUGGUGCUGAAACAACGGGUACUCCACGUGAUACAACAACGUCAUCAAGUGCACAUCCCAAAAAAUCGUCAAAAGGUGAUAAAUCGGAAGGAAAGUCAAGUGGUACACCAGCCAAAGGUAGUGCAGCAGAAAAGGCAUAA